AUGAUCCUAUACGUCUCAUCAUUAUUGCGGUGGUCUUGCUGGUGGAUUAGCAGCCAUGAUAACGACGCCUCUAGAUUGUGUAAAAACUGUGUUGAACACGCAACAAACUCCAGAAAUCGUAUUGAACUGCCGUGUGUGAAUCGUAUAUUGCCAAAAGAUACUAUCAUUCUGCAGAGCACUGUUGGCUACCGAAAUAUUCCCGAUGCUUUCAAAAUCAUCUACUCACAACGAGGUCUCGCUGGUUUCACUUGUGGAAUGCAAGCGCGAGUCAUUUUCCAGAUGCCCGCCACUGCAUUGUCAUGGUCUGUGUACGAAUUAUUCAAAUACGUUCUCGGAUACACGACAUCGUCAACCUGA